AUGGAAGAGAAUCAAAAGGAAAGUGUUUUCAACACUUUUUUAUUCCGAUUUCUGAGCCUAUUGCAACAAAGAUAUGUGAAAUAUACAAUCAAAGCUGUCGUACUUGGUAACAGUAUUCUUAUUGCAAUUCAAACUGUAUUUUGCCUCAAAGAUUCUGCUUUUAUGAAAUAUGCACCAAAUUUGCUAAUAUGUUUAUAUUUCUUAACUAUGACCCUGGUUAUAUUAUACGCUGUGCCCAAAAUGCAAUUGACCAUCUCAGAAAUGAUUAAGCUACCUUGGGAUCUAAAUUCCAUUCCAUAUACUUCUAAAUCUGAAAUUUUGGAAAAAAUGAAAUGGGGAGACAUAUGGUUCAUAAGUAAUUGCAGUCAAGUUAUAGUGGCAGAAUUAUUUUUGUUGUCCAUUAAACCAAAUCUGUAUGAUGCUGUGGCUCUCUUCGUUGUUAUAGUAUUUGAUGGCUACGACUGUAAAAAUACAAAAAAACAGGAACAAAAUAGACGCAGCAGAAAGUCAGGUAGUCCAGAUAUAGAAAUCAGCGGCACCGGACUCGCCAGAAUAAAUCAGGAACAGUUUUUCAGUAAUGUGAAAAACAAGAAAGCCUUUAUCAAGAUGUUAGUUGACAAUCUUCGUUCUAAACGAAUCAAUGUCAUACAAUCUGUAGGGGAUGCAGAUUGUGAUAUUGUCACUAAAACUGUAAAUGCGAGUGAAAAGAAUGGUAACGUAACAUUAGUUUGCGAAGAUACUGAUCUUCUAAUCCUGCUAUUGCAUUUUUCAAAAAAAGAAAAUGUUUUCAUGAUGAGACCUGGAAGGCAAGGCACCCCAAAUAGAAUAACUAAAAUUUUCGAUUUACAGAACAAAAUAAAAUCCAUUCUGAAAAACAUUCUCUUGAUUCACGCCGCAGGGGGUUGCGAUACUGUGAGUGGUUUGUACAAAAUAGGGAAAAUCAAAGUUCUUCAACUUUUAGAGAAGCUUCCUGAGUUGAGAAACGAUGUUUCUAUUUUUUACAAUCCGAAAGCAGCCAAGGAUGAUAUAAUAAAAUAUGGCGGAUUACUCGAUUCAAUGUAUUUAUUGGCUAUUGUUACUAAUAAGGCACAAUUAUUAGAAGAUAAGACAGAAACGUACAUGAAAUUACAAAGUAUCGAUGAAACUUAG